AUGGCCGAAUCCCUUGACUUUGUCAAGAUCUGCGAGAGCUGCCCCCCUGGGGACGGCUGGGGUCCUUCAGUAACGAGCGAGAUCACUCUGGAUGGCGUUCCCUAUGCGCCGUUCUCCAAGGGCGACAAGCUGGGGCGCAUGGCCGACUGGACUGCCGAGGGCAAGGACCGUGAGCGUGGUGGACGUCUUCAGUACAGCCGUCAAUACAGAGACCAGCAGGUGUACGGUACCGGCCACGCCGUUGUUUUCAAUGCCCCUCCCGCCGAGGACGAGACCAGCUUUUCCGUCGUCAGCAACACCAGAGACUCUACCAAGUCAAAAUUCGGCCGUGGGGCCGUCUUCACCCGUGGCCGUGGCCAGCGUGGUGGUCGGGGCGACACCCGUGGUGGACGUGGAGGCCAGUUCCAGCGAGCUGCUGGUGGCCGACAGGGUGGCUAUGGUGGAUACGAGCGCGGUGGCCGCGGUGGUGCUGGUGCUCGUGGCGGACGUCGUUUCGGCUGGAAGGAUUAUGACAAGCCUGCUCGUAACCGCGAUGCUAGCAUCAACAUCAAGGCUGACUGGGAGCUUCUUGAGGAGAUUGACUUCAACCGCCUCGCCAAGCUCAACCUCGACACCGACGAUGGUGAAGACCUGGACGACUACGGUUUCCUCUACUACUACGACCGGUCCUAUGACAAGCAGCCCGUCAAGGGAUCCGAGAGGAAGCUCACUGCCAUUGACCGUGCCGCCUACAACGUCACCACUUCAUCCGAUCCCGUCAUCCAGGAGUACGCCGAGAAGGACGAGGCCACCAUCUUUGCCACCGACAGCAUUCUCUCCAUGCUCAUGUGCUCUACCCGCUCAGUCUACCCCUGGGAUAUUGUCAUUGUUCGCCAGGGCAACAAGAUCUUCCUUGACAAGCGUGAUAACGCCAACCUGGAUAUGGUGACCGUCAACGAGAACGCCGCCGACGCUCCUCUGGAGGCUGCCGAUGGCGGUAAGGAUGCCAUUAACCAGCCAUCUGCCCUUGCCGAGGAGGCCACCUACAUCAACCACAACUUCGCCAACCAGGUUGUAUCCGAGAGCGACUCGACCAAGGUUGAAAUGGCCCACGCCAACCCCUUCUACAACUCCUCCGAGGAUACCGAUCCCGCCGCCAGCAAGGCCUACAAGUACAGGAGAUUCGACCUUUCUACCAACGAGGAGGAGCCUGUGUACUUGAUUGUCCGUACCGAGAUCGACGCCGUCCAGAAGAACGCCAUCAGCGGCGAGGACCAACUCGUGACCAUCAAGGCCCUCAACGAGUUCGACAGCCGAGCCCAGGGCAGCGGAGGCGCCCUCGACUGGCGGACGAAGCUCGUGGCCCAGCGCGGUGCUGUUGUUACCACCGAAAUGAAGAACAACAGCUGCAAGCUGGCCAGAUGGACUGUGCAGAGCAUCCUGUCCAAGUCCGACGUUAUGAAGCUCGGAUUCGUCUCGCGUGCCAACCCCCGAAGCAACGAUAAGCACGUUAUCCUCGGAGUGAUCGGCUGGAAGCCUCGCGACUUCGCCAACCAGAUGAACCUGUCCCUGUCCAACGGCUGGGGUAUCGUCCGCACCAUUGCCGACAUGUGCCUCAAGCGCGAGGAGGGCAAGUUCGUCCUGGUCAAGGACCCCAACAAGUCCAUCCUGAGACUGUACUCGGUCCCUGCCGGCAGCUUCGAGGACGACGAGGAGGAGGAGCCCGAGGUGGUGGAGGAGGAGGCUGAAGAGUAA